AGCACAGCAAUAUGGCAAAUUUGAUCCAGUACCCCACUGCUAACAUUUCUGAAAUUUCAUCCACAAACUGGAAUAGAACAGCUUCAAACACCAGCGAAUAUGAGACCGCCUCCAGCGUGCUAGGCCCUGAGUACCACCGACAAAUGAGAGUAUUCCUUCUGACUGUUAUGAUAGCCACUUCUCUCUUGGGAAAUACGAUUAUGUGUUUCCACAUCAAACAAAGUCGAAGGAGGAAUCAGCGUAUCCAGCUGCUGUUUAUCAACCUUGCUGUAGCAGACCUGCUUGUGACCUGCUUCACCAUGACGUCUCAGCUUGUCUGGGAAUGCAUGGGAAAAGAAUGGAUAGCUGGAGCUGCUUUCUGCUCCAUUUUCAAGGUGUUGCAGACCUUCACUAUGGUUUGCUCUAAUUACCUCAUCGUGACAAUUGCUUUGGACAGACAUACAGCAAUUGUGUACCCAUUGAAAAGGAGACCCAACACUCGAUGCUACAUCAUCAUAGCCUGGUUAGGCUCUCUUAUACCAUCUCUUCCAAAUGCCUACGUAUUUCACCAAUAUACCGAUCCUUCUGGAAAAAGAUUCUGUGUUGCCAAAUUCUACACAGCUGAACUCUCUCUCAGGACGCGGCAAAUGUACAUGGGAUUCAUUUCUGUAUUUAUUUUACCCAUAUGCAUCAUCGUAGGCCUUUAUGUUAGGAUUCUGUACGUGCUUUGGACAAGAAGUCGAGCUUUUCCCGGGCAUGUAACAUCCGCAGAUUCUGCAGCCUCCAACAGCAUUCCAAAUGAAUUCAGCGGAACCCACUCGCACUUUCCAAGAGCCAAAAUAAAAACCUUGAAGAUGACUCUGGCUGUAGUAGUUACUUUCCUGGCCACAUCUUUACCAUACUUAGUACAGGAGAUGAUUAUAGCAUUUGGAGAUCCAUCCAUUUUGAAUGAGAAUGUUGUGGCAAUGGCUGGUAUCUUUUCGGCAUCGAACAGUACUGUUAAUCCAUACAUAUAUUUACUGUUCAACGCAAACGCUGCAAUUGCAAAGCGAGUCACUAACAAGAUGUGCAGUUGCUGCCUUCCUGCACAUGCCAGAGGCGAAUCUAGAGGAGAAACGAGCAGCAACGUAUGAAAAAGUUUACAGAUGCAUACAAGAUAUUGAUUGAAUUUUGAACUAUUUGGUUGUUAGAAAGGACAUUAAAGUAAAUUUCUGAGUGGGAAAACAUCAUACAUUCUAAUCUUGGUGCUUAUAUACUGCUAUCAUUACGUUUAUCACUAGAAGCGGAUAAGCAAUUAAAUGGUUUGUUGCCAAUGGUAACCAACGGAUAUUCAAUUCCUUAUGUCUCAUUGAAAUUGCCUAUAUGUAAUUAUUUAAACCUAUUAACAUAUUUUGGUGCUUCAUUUAACAAAUUAUGUGUUCAAAUUUCUAAUCAAAUACAAAUUUAUUGAAGCUUUCUCAAUCUUGCUUUGGCCUUUUGUUGCAUCUGAGGACUUUUUUUAUGCAAAUUUUAAUACAAUUAAUGCAAAUCACAUAGUAAUCAAGCAUGCAAUGUCAUGCGUCACCAAGGAAUCAUCCUUGAAUUGUACGCCAGAUUAUUUAGAUAUAUGAUUAUUUAUGUUUACAUUCUUAAAAGGAAGUUUUGGUCCUGCUAUUUUCGAGCUAGAUUCUAAUGAUAUAAGUAAUUAAGAUAUUAACCAUUCCUUGAAACCUCUUUUAAAAUAUCAAUAAGAAAUUCUUCAUUUGAGUUAAGAAUAAUUAAUUAAUUUCUCUGUGAACUCUGCGUAGAAGAUAGUCAAAGAGGACAUAUUUUAUAGACCUUAGCAUUAUAUUGUCAGGGACAUUUUUGUUUUGUUUUGUUAUAGUAUGCUUCAUACUGUUGAGUGCGCACGGGUUCGUAGAUUGAAUGUACACAGUUCCGAUGAUAAGUUGAUAAAAUUUAUUUAAAUUCUGGAACGUUCGCAAAAAUAGUGUCACAACUCUUCACAGUAAAAUCAGUAGUUACACUCCAAACUACUAUAUUGAAUUUUCACCCGGCUACCAAGAACUGUCUAGUAUUCCUCGAAAUUAAUGGAAGGCAUUAUAAGGGCCGGCUACUCAUCAAAUUUGCAGGCCUUUGACUAUUUCUCGCCAAAUUUGGCUAUAAAAAUUAUCCGUCAAAACCGUUGCCAGCUUGGCGACAUCUCGCCAAAUUAACGAGAUAGCCAUUUACUCAAUGUUAAAUAGACUUGCACCUGUAAUUUUAUUUUUCCGGCAGAGUAUCGUCUCUCUAUAUUUUCAUAGAGAGACAGAAACAUUAUACAGAAAAAUACGAAAAUUUUACAUAUAAUUUCAUUAAAAUUAUCCAAUAUGCAAAAAAAAAAAAAAAAAAAAAAAAAAAAAAAAGCUUAAAAAUACUUUUGUUAUUUUACUUUUAUCGUAUUUUUUGUAAUUCCAGUUUUUCACAUUCCUACUACAUAUGCUAUUGAUAGCUACAUAUGCCAUAAUUUUUGUCGGUUGUCGCUUUCACGUGUAUUUUGAAAUCUUUAAGUCCUACAUCGCUUAAAUAUUCUUCUGAAGAUAUCAAAUAUUCUUUGUUUUUCUUUAGAAUUCUCAAUUUCAAUAAAACCCUCGGAUAAAUCUUCAAAGCAUUCGUCUUGUAAAAACGUAAUUUUCCUCACUUGACUAUUAUCAUUCAUUAAAUUAUUUACUGAAAAAUUAAAAACUGAAAAGCCUGAUCCUCAACUAUGAAACUCUAAACUGGUAAAGCGGCCUUUGUCCCUGCUUUACAUACAGCACCAACUUGGAGAUACCAGUAUUCAUUAACCAGCUUCACACAAGAUACCAGUGCGGAAAUGCCAACUUUCAUCCUCCACUUUAACCAUGACAUGCACAUUGUGCCACUUGACGUCAAAACGUUCUUAUUUUUACCCUCAUGGACUCUCGAAUAUUUCAUUUUCGAACCUUUUUCCUUCAGGUGCCUUGCAAAACCUUCUAAAGCUUUAGAGUGCCUGUUCAGCUGAAUAUCUAACCAUCUGAGCCAGGACUCCCACUCACUUAUUUUAAAAGAAACUUAUAUUGAAACAUAAAUAAAACCAGAAAACAACUAGUUUUUAUUGCAGUAUAGCAACAAAAAUGAGAUUAAAAAAUAUCUUUCAAUUCAAAUAUCUUUCAAUUAAAUGUAAUCAUAAUUUUCAUCCCAUUCAGUUCUCUCACAUAUGUCUUUGAAAUUUCUUCAUUUUUUUUCAAACUUUCUUCGCAUCUUUAAUGAUAAGUUCCUUGCAUAAUUACUUUUACCAAUUUUUAAUUCAGGGUUUCAAUAUGUAGCAAUUUUGAUUAGAUCUAUUUAUCGUCAGUUUUGCCCCUUUAGUAGUCUUUUGUAAUUUUCAGUUUAAGUGAGUUUGCGGCUUUUGGUUUUAUAUGGUUUACUUGGGAGAAGUUUCUACGCUAACCGAAGAUCGAAAUAAAAUAGUUAAACUGGUCGCAAAGUUGUAUGAAAUUAUUAUUCAGAAUUAUUAAAGGCCAUCUUUCACAGUGCGUAACAAAUACCAAAAUUCAGGUAUGAUUUUGUAAGAGAUACCCAAAUCUUGAUUUAAAUGAAAUCAUUUCCAUUCAUCAUAUAGAUCUAAUUUGUCUUCAUAAAAAAUGUCAGGGAAUUUUAUUGCUAAAUGUUAAUUGAGGAUGAGGAUUUUGGCAUGAUUUUGUACCACUACUAGGUCAUGAACAUUGAGAGUGGCAAUAAUUUCAACAUGAUUUAAAAGAAAUAUGUUUUCAAUUUGAGUAUUAAGUUCAACAAUAAAUUUUAAACAAUCAUUUUUAAAUCCUUUUUCACUGUCACCAUUUGAUGGUGAAUUUAAUAAGGCCAUGCAACGGCCUCCUGAAUAUAUUUUAUUCAUAGAUUUAAGAUUUAUUCCAUUGCUUGGAUCAAUUUGAGGGAACUUUCACGAAGAAAUGACUUUAAAAAAUAAGAAUAUUUUUAUAUUAAACUAAAACCAUUGAAUGAAACAAGUAAAAUCUGAAAUCCUCAGAUGUAAAUUCAAUAUUCAGACAGCUUAUUUUAUCGAACAUAUAUUCGAAAAACAACAACAUAUGCUUAGUUCCUUUGGUGAUAAUAGUGUUGCUAAUAUUCUAUUCAUCCCUUUUGUGCAUUUUUGAUUGAGACUGAAAACAAAUAACUAAGGUAUCCCAUUGCUCAACAAUAAGUACCACUGGGCAAUAAUCUUUAUUACAUAUCUACAAUCGACCCAGCCGUAAAGUCAUUGACAUAGGUUAGAUUCCGUAGUUCGACGUAGAUAAGAUUCAAGAAGAAUGGUCAGCUUGCGUGGGCAUUUUUGCGGUUUUCCCGAUAUGUUACGAACCAGUCUCUCGCAUGAAAUCCUCACGAAGACAUUCCUUCUCUUAGGCAGAUGGUCUUAGCGUGAUCUACCAUAGUAAAUGUACAAAAUAAAUGGUGAAAUUCCUGGUGCUCCUCCUAAUUAUACCUGUACCUGUCCCUUGGAUGAAUCACGUGGUACAGUCAUGUGCCGGGAAUCUGUCAGAGGAUAUGACAGAGAAAAGGGUUGGAAGGCGGUAAGAUGUGCGAAUCAUCGAUGUUCUAAAAGAAACCAGAGCAAUAUCUGAAUUAGAACAUAGAGAGAUGUCUUUAAUUUAUGACAUAUAUAUGCCAGAGCUGAGAUUCUUAAAUUGCCCGUACGAAAUAGCAAUAAUUAUUUUCCAAAAGAUUGCAAAAACCUCUUGAGUUUAAAUGUAAACUGAUUUUCUGCGAGUUAUUAGCGGUAGUAAAACUUCAUGAUCUUUGUUUUAGAAUUAACGAUACAGAAAUGUUAACUAUUUUGUUUUACUUUAUUGUUACCUUUUGAGUACUUAUUUUGAGUUUAAUUAGCAUAAGUUGGGAAAGAAGAAAGCACGCUAUAAUUUAACUUUAACAGGGAUUUUGAGGUUAAUUCUAUAUGUCUCGAAAAGUUGCAUUUCGGAAACCUUACUGAAAUUGCCACGCUUUUCAGCUGUUUAUAUUUUUCAGUAAACAUUCAUCGCAAUCUCUUCAUUUGAGUGAAAUCUAGAUUUUCAGCUUCAUGCUGUUGUGCAGUAUACUCUCAACUUCAUUCAUUACCUGUCACAUUCUACGUCGUUUUUUUCAUCUGCUUCUCCUCACUCUCAGCUUCAACAACACACAAAUUUCUUUGGGCAUGAUUUAGUUUGCUCUGCUAUUAAUAAUGUGAUUAUAAGAUGGUGUUUUUUGCAUCUAUCUUUAAUCAACUCCUAUGUAACAUCCGAGAUCAUUGGGCAUCGAAACAAAGUAUGAACAGAUGCUAUGAAAACAUUGUUAAUGCUUGCAAUCUAAAUAACACAAAGCGAAGGAAGGGAAUUCUAACAUAUAUUUCUUUUAUAGUUCGAAUAGCAGUUAUGGAUAUUGUCCUAAAUAUCAGCUAUUAUAACAUUUAAGAACUAUUCAGUAAAUUAAGAAUCAAGUUUACAAAUUUAAAAUUAGUCCAGAAGGCAUGAUUCGGAAUGCUCAGUGUAGUGGAAAAUACUGCAAGCAUUGCCAUGACAAUUAACAUACUUGCAGAUGUUGGUAUUUAGAAAAAGCAAGACAUACGUAGUAUGUCUACCAAAUGCACGAAUACCUUCGUGGAGUACGUUGUAACAGAAAUUGAUCUGUAUUAGUAUUCCACUUGGGAAGUGCAGUCGAACAACUAGGCAACAGGCUUAGAUUGUCAGUACUGAUAUUCCUUCUAAAUGCCUUUAGAAACAUAACUGGAGUCCUGGGUAGUAACAAGGAGCUUACACAAAAACUAUGUUCGUGCGUGUGUGUAGAAGAUACAACAAAAUAAGAAGGGUUAAAUUUACCCUUUAUUUAUCACAGCGUGCAGCCGCUCCCGCACUUCGGGAUACAGAGAUCAGCACUACGUUUUAGACAAGGUCUAAAACGUAGAAAACAAGAAAUAAACUUGUAUGAUUCUCUACUGUGUAUCUUAAGUUACAGUUGAAUGUGAAGCAUCUUAAGAACUAAUAAGCGAAUAAUCUCUGGUUCUCUCUGACUAAGACAGUAGAACUUCACGGUUAAAUACCGCUCUUCCUCAAUUUGCAUUCAGGCGUGAUUCUAAAAUUACGUUUUGGCCGGAAACGGUAAGUUGAAAUUAAGAGGCGAUUGGAUAAGAAGUUGAACUCAAAGUUUAACUGUUAAUAAAUUUAACAUAAUCCUUACAAACUAACUAAAUAAGAACUAAACUUAGAUACUUUACAGAGACUGGUCACGCGAAGAUUGGCCUUUUGACACUACGUAUGUAGUGAGCGAAAUGCAAAACUACAAUACGUCUUCCAGUAUUAUCAGGGACAAAGUUCUGGCCUUAAAAGCAGACAUCAACUGACUGAAAAACACCACGCGAGUGGUAAGGCAGAAAUGAGUCUCUCUCUUCUCUUGCCUAAAAGCCACACCUUAAAUACCUAGCAAAGUUUUAACAUAAAAAAUAAACAUUAGUAAAACUUAAAAUCCUUAUAAGAUAUGCUAAAUCUGAAACGAAACUACAUACGUUUCAUGCUUUAGCAACUUGUGAUUGCAUCUAAUGAGCUAUGUUAAUUAAGCUUGUUCCGUUAUUAACUCGUUUAGCUAAACAUAAAAAUGCGUGUAGGGUAUCAGAAAUGUCAUCGCUGUUGAUAUUACGACAGACUCUGUGAGUUCGAUGAACCUGGAUCGCCAAGUCACUUAUAACUAUUUAUCUCUGUGGCACGAGCGGUGCAAAUGUGAAAGUCCAGCUAUAAGUAAAACAACGAAAUAAUGCAUUUAUAUCCACCAGACGUUAUAAAAAAUUUUCAGAAAUGUAGUAUCUGCUGUUGGAAAAAACUGUUUGAAACAUUUUAUCUAAAAACUUUCGUAAAAGGAAUUCUUAGUUCAGAAAGGAGAAGAAUUUUUUCUGUGGUGCUGAAAGAAGCUAACAAAACACCAAAUGUGUUCUUGUCAGGAAACUUGUACAGAUUUCUUCUUUUCUAUCUAGAUGUAUCAUCUUUUAUGUGUGUUAUGCAAACACUGCUUUUAUUCGAUAUAUAUCUUGCAAAAAUUUUGUAAUUUUUGGAUGGCUGUAUUUUGUGUGCAAGAUCAAAAUGUACUCUUGUAUUUAUAUAUAAAUGUGAAAAUUCUCAGAUAUUGCAUUCUCUAUUCGAAUAUUUUAUACAAAAUUUGUGUAAAUAUUUUAGAUGUGUACACUUGUUUAUUAUAGACACAUUUCUUUAUCCUGCAAAAAUAUUUAAGAUUUUGUCGUCUGUAACUGAAAUGUAAAAAUAAUUGUUUCUUAUAUCGUGAUCAAAAUUUCUGAUUUUGCGUUUUAAUGGAAUUUUAAGCUUGUAUUUUGCAAACAAUUAAUUUCUUAAAUUGAUGUAAAUGAAAUAAUA